UUCUCUUCAGUAUAUUCUCAGCACUCAGUAGCUCUCGAAGAAUAUCCAUUGUAUAGUGUAAUCCCAAGGCCAUGACUGGUUGAAGCAGUGAUGCUCCAAGAUCGUAUUCCAUGUGCCAUAAACAUGCAUACCUUACGUCUGUCCCUACAAUCGUCAUCGGCCACGAGUCUUACAUUGCGGCCCCUUUCCUUUCUUUCCCAGUCAUUCCAGAAUUCGGGUCCUCCAGAAGGCGAGGCCAGUCUCGUGCGCACCUUGAAGGCUGGCGGCGUCCGAUAACAAACCUCUUAUCGGACCCACCACAAGUACGUACCUCGCCCAGCACCGGCACCUCAACUGUGACAGCUCGAACAAGAGCUCCGUUUCUCCCGCGACGAAGUGUCUCUUGUCUGUUCUAGCGACUCGCGUCGUCCCGAAUUCCCCUCCCCUCUCUCAAUCCUUUCCUCACUUUUGCACCGCCAGCUUCAGUGUUCAUUCAUUCUGUUUCUCCAACGGGUUGGCUCUUUGAAGUGGCUCGGUCUGUGGGUGGUCUGUACGGCUGGGCCUGUGGUUUCAAGGCUCCCCUAAAAUUACUACCAUAAGCCACUGCGACAGCAUCAGCCAGCCAGGUAAGCCUGAGCCCAAACCCCAGCAACAGCAGCACCGACAGCAGCACCAUGUCGUCCAACACACCAAGUGCCACAGAGCGCUCUGGCUCCUCGAGACCUCUUCGUUCCUUUCGUGUCGAGCGCUCACCCUCCCCGGAACCAAUGUCUCGUCCAAAGAGAGCCAGUACCAUCAUGACGGGACUAACGCCUGGUGCGAAGUCCAUGGUCCGUACUGCGUCUGGUACGCAUGUGAGGCUGGGCAGCGAGACGGAAAGGCCAGACACCUUUGAGAGCCGGAUUAGUGAGGAGAAUGCCGAUUCUGAACCACCGAGGGCCUCAGUUGACCUGGACGACCUGCCCAUCGAGCUGGUCAGCUUGACCGACGGCUUCAUUGACUCAUUGUCGGCCAAGGUCCAUUCCACUCCGCCAAAUAUUGACAGGCUGUCGCAAAUGUUCCAGGACUUUUAUGCUACUGCCUCAGCCCAUAUCAGGACCCAUAUCGACAGCCUGGCUACUCUGCAGAGGCGAGAUGUGUCUCCGACGCCAGCCCUGUCGACCAGAGCAUCUGCUACCAGCUUGCUCCGGGCCAAGGCUGCUUCGCUGGGUACCAAGGAGAAGACGAAGCCAGGAGUUGUCAGAAGGGAAUCAGAGAUGUUGACACCAGAAGAGCUGGCGGAAAGGAAAAAGGCGCGGAGAGCGCUGGAGCAGAAGAAGGGACUCUUGGAGGAAGCCGUGGAGAGGAGGUUAUGUGAAGGAGUCUACAGCAAAAUCUACCGCCAUCGUACCACUCAAGACGAAGCACAGGAUGCCAAACUCCGGUCAAAAACUGCUGCCCUCGCCGUGGUUGAUAUUGGGCCCGUGGAUCUCGGUGUCGAGCUCGGCACACCAGAAAAUGGUCCAGAAGCGAUCGCCAAGAAGACGGCCGAGGUCAAGGAGUGGUUAGAGGGCGCAAGGAAAGAGCUCACGUUGAUGAGCCAGGCGCGGUAUCCCCUUCGGAAGAUCAACCACCUAAAGGCCGCCUUCAAGAGCAUCAUUGAUACCCUGGCACAUUUCCACCCCUCGUCCUCGGCCGAUGAGCUCAUGCCCAUGCUCAUCUACACUCUCAUCACCCUCCCACCACAGAACCUCAACGCCAUCAGUGACAUCAACUUCAUCCAGCGCUUCCGCUGGGAACAAAAGCUAACCGGCGAGGCCUCCUACUGCCUAACAACUCUCGAGGCGACAAUCAGCUUCCUCGAAACCGUGGAUCUAUCUACCCUCCGCGCCGACGAAACCCCCGGCGGGCCCAUGAAAGCCCCCGGCUCACCCCCUAAAGAAAACACCUUCCCCCCAGCCUUCUCACCCACCUCACCCUCUCCCCCGACAGCCGCCACCGCCAUCGCGGCGGCAGCCGCCUCCAGUCCAAACCCCAACACAGCAACAGCCUCCCUCUCCGCCAAUUUGAUCAGGCCCCCCUCCCCCUCCCCCUCCUCAGCAGCCGCAGCGGGCUUCCGCUCCACAGUCUCGCAACAGCUCCGCAACCGCCGCCUCUCAGACCUAGUAAACACCCCCGCCCAAGCCUUCAACGCCGCCUCCGACGCUGUCCUCUCAACAGUCAACACCGCCGACCAGUCCCUAAAAACAAUAGGAAACUCCCUCGGCGACAGCUACAAAUUCCUCCUCGGCAAGCUCCGCGAACCUCUCUCCCAAUCCGACGGCCAAGUCCUCGUGCCCAAAACCCUCGACGACGCAAGGAAACUGAUCGGGACACCACCACCACCCCUCGACAGGGCUGACUCCCCCUCCCCUGGCCCGGGUCCGGUGUCAGAAGACCGCACCCCAUUAUUGUCUUUCAUCUCAGGCACAGGCCGCAAAAUAUCUCGCGACCCUUCCGCGGAUAGUACCCGCAGCGGGAACUCACGACGCGCCCUAGAUGAGCCCAACUUACGCCCCCCCGCAUCAACAACAACAACAACAACAGCAGCAGCAGUAGCCACAGGAGUGGGCGGUAGUCCAGUUGUGACCAGCCCCCUAGACUCCAUGAGACAAUUAGGCAACUCGUUCAACCCCUUGGGUCGGAUCUCGGCCGGCAUCGGCGGCUUUCGCAACUUUGGCCGUUCAACGCCCACACCGUCAUCACCUGCACCACCCACGCCGACGAAGGAUGCUGUUUCUACUCUCUCAACCCGUGGGUUGGGAGUCACGACCGGGGCUGCGGGGACAGAAGGGGGUGAUUUGGCUACUGCAUUUCCCGAUCUGGCAGGGUCACUCCCGCCAAAGAAAAUCGAGGGGCCAAUACAGAAGUUUGUGAACAUGCAGAAUGCCGCCGAAAUGAAAGUGGGGGAUGUGUUUGAGCUGCUGAAGGACUACAAGAGGUUGGCUGGGGCGAUCAAGGAGAUGGGGGGGUUCAAGGAGUGAUGAUGUUGGGUACCUAAGUGUGGUAGAAUAGAUGAGGGUAAAAGGUUAGAUGUAUGUGGUGACUGGCAUCUUGCAUUCGGAAUGGAUAAACAAAUCUAGGAUAUGACAGGUAGAAAGUGUCAAGAGAAAUGAAAUCAUCAUUAUCAGCAGU